CGAAGUCGUGAGACUCAGGCAGUCAUAUAAAAAACAGAAGGUCGAAAUUGUGCAGAGAGGAAUUUGCCGUCCGAACGUCCGAACGCCCGCCAUGGCUUCACCCAUGUUCGCAGCUCUGCUAAUGGCUCUCUUGGCUACAACUUUGGUGGAAGGAGGACGGCUGCCUCUGAAACUUCCUCCAAAACUACCUAAGCCGAAGACUUCUUCACUGCCGCGAGCCUCUGAAGUUGCAAUCAUAAACUCCUGCAUCACGGUAGCCCAGAAGGGAUUCAAACCUACCGAUUCGGCUGUUAAGACUUUUAAUGCCUGCCACCAGGACUAUUGGGGACGAUCCGCUUCCAAACCAGCCACCGGGGACUUGCUGAAAAGUUUGAACCAGUGCACUCGUCCUGGGGGCUUCAAAAGCCAGAGCACAGUUUACAAAAAGUACGAAAAGUGUGUCUUGCGGCGUGCUGGUCGGUAAAUAUAUCGAGAAUUCCUCAAUUCUGGAAUUAAGUUCACAACUACUUGAGCACUUGCCACUCUUAUUGGCAGUUUUCAGAAAUAGAACCUAAAAGCCGUGCCUUUUUCCUACAUAGAAUCAGGUCAAACUA